AUGGAGAAGACUAAUAAUGCAACCGAAGAGGAAACUAAUGAAAUUGUCGAGCUUUUAGAUCAAGUAUUCUCAUGGACUCUCCAAGAUGUUUUUAACGAAAAUCUUUACAAAUACAAGGUGAAUAAAAUUCCAGAGACAUUUGAUUCACCCACAGCUUACAAGAAAGCAUUUAUUCCUCUAUUGCUAGAGGAAACACACGCUGAUUUAUCUUCAAGUUUGUCAGGUGUUGCUCGAGCGCCUUUCUGUGAAAUCUUGGAACUUAAAAGAGACAGCAAGCUAUUCAUGCUUCCCAAACCUUUGAUCUAUAAUAUAGAGUUUGAAAAGGGUGUUGGAAAAUAUGAACCCGAGUAUGGGGAUCUCAUUUUGUUCACAAAUAUUAGGCCUAAAUGUGUAGAUGACUUGAAGUUGAACACACCUAAGAGUCCCUACCAUAUUGCUUUUGUUCUUGGUCCAAAAUCUGAACCUCCAAAAUCUAAAUAUGUUGAGAAAGUCAAAGUUAUUUCAUCCAAAUGUAUUAACACAGAUUUUGAAUCUAACAUGAGGGAUAAUGAAACUCAGAAGCUGUAUGCAGUUUACCUUAUGAACAUGACGACAAAUGUUCGGAUUUGGAAAGCCUUGAACUCUAAGACGCAUGGAAGCAUUAUUGAAAAUGUAUUGCAACCUGAUCUAAAUGGUGGAGUAAACUGUCAAAAUUGUCUAUCAGAAGCAAAUUCUCAUGCUCCAUUCAUCAAGGAAGACGUGAUAAUUCGUUCUCAGAAUCUGAAUGAAUCGCAACAAGAUGCUGUUAUGAGCAGUAUUGGUAUGACAAAUUGUCAUCAUUCUGAAGUCAAAAUUAUAUGGGGACCACCAGGAACCGGGAAAACAAAAACAGUGGCAAUUCGGUUGCAUAGUUUAGUAAUGGAUUCAGUUGAGUAUGAUACACAUGGUUUAGCUGAAAUUUUGCUUUUUGGCAAUAGUAAGAGAAUGAAAUUGGAUUCUUACCCGGGUCUUGAUGUUAUUUUUCUUGAUAACCGGGUUAAAAUUCUUGAGGAAUGCUUCAAUCCCGUAACUGGAUGGAAGCAAAUCUUAGAAUUAAUGAAACGGUUGCUUAGGGAUCCUCAAGAGCAGUAUUUAUUAGAGAUAUGUGCAUACCGUGCAUAUCGUGCAUACAAGAAAAAUAUGGGGAAUGAGGAAUGGAGAGAUUUUGCAGUGAUAUACCAAAUGGUUGAGCAAGAUAAAAAGAAAAGAAUAGUGACAAUGGAGGAAUUUGGUGAGCAGCUAUUCAUGGAAUCAUCAGAUGAAAAGAAAAGAGUCAUGGAAUUAAGAGAGCAACUCAAGCUUUGUUCGGGAACCUUAUAUACAUGCUUUACCAAGAUACUUGAAGGCUAUAGAGAACAACAUCAUUUCUUAGAUAAAGAUGCUUUAUCACUAGAUGAAUUGGAAAAGGGAAAAAAUAGGGAUGCCUAUCCUAUGACAUUUGAGAGAUAUGUGGAGAAGGCUUGGAAAGAGAUUGCACAGAAAUAUGAAUUGGAUGAGGAUGACAAUAAUGCAUGUGUGAUGUCACUGGAAAAAUUUGUAAAGCAGAGAUUUGGGAAUUUAAGAGAUAUCCUUAAGGUCUUAAAUCAUGCCUUGUACACUCAUUUACCAAAAUCUUUUGUUUCCCUUGAAACCCUCAAAGUCAUGUUAGAGGCUCCUAAUCUGUUUGAUUCUUUUGAAAACUCAUUGAGUCAAGCCAAAUUCAAGCUAACUCUUUUUGACCUAGAAGAAAAAUUUGUGUCCGAAUGCUUUGGACCAAUGAGCGACAAAAGGGAUGAGAUACUAAGCAUUCUAAGUUUGCUAUCUACCUCGAUUUCUCUACCUGCUUCCAGUUCUGGUAAACUGUACUCAGCAGGAAUGACUCCGGUGGAAUUUUUAGUAAUUGAUGAAGCUGCACAACUAAAAGAAUGCGAAUCUACGAUUCCUUUGCAGCUGCCUGGUCUUACGCAUUGCAUACUUAUAGGUGAUGAGAGACAGCUUCCUGCAUUGGUCAAAAGCAAGAUAGCUGACAAGUGUGAAUUCGGAAGAAGUUUGUUUGAGAGGCUGGUAACAUUGGGAUACAAAAGGAAAAUGCUUAAUGUUCAGUAUAGAAUGCACCCGUCCAUUAGCUUAUUCCCAUGUACAGAGUUUUACGAUGAAAAACUUUCUAAUGCGGCCAUUGUCAUGGAAGAAAGCUAUAACAAAAGUUUCCUUGAAGGAGAUAUGUAUGCAUCUUAUUCGUUUAUAAACAUAGCUGAGGGGAAAGAGAAAUCUGGUCGCGGACAUAGUUUGAAGAACAUGGUUGAGGUUGCUGCUAUUUCUGAGAUAAUUAAAAGUCUUAAAAAAGAGUUCAUGCGGAAAAAGAAAAAAGUUAGCAUUGGAAUCAUAUCUCCAUAUAACGCUCAAGUUUAUGAAAUCAAGGAGAAAGUUAAGCAGUACACUUCGAAGUCUAACUCAGAGUUUUCUGUUAGUGUGCGUUCUGUUGAUGGUUUUCAAGGCGGAGAGGAAGAUAUUAUAAUAAUAUCUACUGUGAGAUCUAACGGGAGUGGUAAUGUUGGGUUUCUUUCAAACAGACAAAGAGCAAAUGUGGCUAUGACUAGGGCCAGAUAUUGUCUUUGGAUAUUGGGGAAUGCAACUACGUUAAUCAACAGUGACUCAGUUUGGAGAAAGGUAGUUCUUGAUGCUAUGGGAAGAAAUUGUUUCUACAAUGCUAAUGAUGACAAGAAAUUGGCCGGGGCGAUUGAGGAUGUAUUGUUUGAGAUCAAACUACUAGAAGAAAAUGAGUCGCAAUUUAAGAAACUAAGAAUAGGUGGAAAAUCAACUACUUCCUACAGAUGA